AGCUCUUAGUUGCUAUCAUGUACACUGUACACAGUGUACAGUGUACAGUUAUAGAAUAGUAUUAUUAAACAAGCAGUAUAAUUUGGCAGUUUGACUAAUAACGAAAAAAAAUAUAUUACUAAGAGUUUUCAAAAAUAAUAAAAAUGGAUGCGACGUUCAAAGAAGAAAUACCACCAAAUCCAAGAUCAAAAGCUAAUAUUUUUGAAAUUAUAACAUAUAGGUGGAUUUUAAAAUUUAUCAAAAAAGGAUUAAACAAAGAAUUGGAUUUUAUUGACUUAUAUAAUGUUUUGGAUGGUGAUUCGUCUGAUUUAUUGGGAAAUGAAUUACAAAAAUUUUGGGAUGAUGAAUUAAUAAAUUCAAAAACUAAUAACCGAAAGCCUAGUUUUGUUAAGACGCUAUUCAAAAUGUUUGGCAAAAGGUUUAUGUUUAGUGCAACUUAUUUAACUAUAUUUCAGAUUACAUUAAGUAUAAGCAUUUCAACUAUGGUAGGACUGAUAGUCAAUCAUUUUGAAACUAAUACAUCUUUUGAUCAAAAUCCAGUUGGAGUAUAUUUAGCAAUUGGACUAGUUUCACUUUUAUUAAUAAGAGCAAUUAUGUAUAACAGCAUCAGCAUGUCAAAUGCACAUUUAUCGAUGCAAAUGCGUGUGGCAACAUGUGAUCUCAUUUACAAUAAGGCUCUGCGGCUCAAAAUAAAUUCCCUGGACUCGACUACAACUGGUCAUAUAAUAAACUUAAUGUCAAACGACGUUAACCGAUUUGAUGUAUCUUUAAUAUAUUUACCUUUCAUAUUGAUUGGACCUUUGGAAACAUUUAUUACGAUUUAUUUUUUGUGGCAAGAAGUAGGUGUGUCAUCAAUUAUAGGAGUAAUCGCAUUACUUAUAUUUAUACCAUUACAAGUCUGGUUAGCGUCGAUAACUUCUAAUAUUCGAUUAAAAAUAGCCAAUAAAACUGACAAGAGAGUUCAUUUAAUGAAUGAAAUAAUAUCGGGAUUACAAACAAUCAAGAUGUAUACUUGGGAACCAUUUUUUGAUAAUCUUACAAAACAAUUAAGAAAGGAAGAAAUUAGCAAAAUUAUUGAAGCAUCGUACAUAAAACGUAUUUUGACGUCUUUCUUUUUAUUUAACACAAGAAUCGCAUUGUUUUUUAACAUAUUUUCAUACGUUCUGCUUGGAAAUUAUAUAACCGCAUCAAAAGUAUUUGUUGUAACGUCGUACUAUAACAUUUUGCGGUCGUCACUAACAUUACUUUUCCCACCAGGAAUAAGUUUAGCUGCUGAAUUACUAGUUUCGAUCAAACGAAUUGAGCAUUUCCUUUUACGUGAAGAAAAAGGUAAACAAUCAAUAAGUCAAACAAAAACUACCAAUGGGUUUGAAAAAUCAAAUAAUAAUAGUACAGUUCCAAAUAAUAAUAGUAUCAAUUUAAAUGAUACUGAACAAUUAAGUAAUUUUGGUAUAGUCGUUUCGAAUGCUACUGCCAAGUGGUCAGACACUCAAACCGAAAAUACAUUAGAUAAUAUUAAUUUAAUCAUAAGACCUGGUCGAUUGGCUGCAAUAAUCGGACCAGUAGGAGCUGGGAAAAGUUCGUUAAUACAAGCAAUUUUACAUGAGUUGCCACUUUCUGAAGGAAACAUCUCAGUACACGGAAUAGUGUCUUACGCGUCACAAGAACCAUGGUUAUUUGCAGGAUCUAUAAGAAAAAAUAUUUUAUUCGGUUCAACAAUGGAUAAGGAUCGUUAUAAAAGGGUUAUACAAGUAUGUGCAUUAAAAACUGAUUUUGAACAAUUGACAUACGGUGAUAGAACAAUGGUAGGGGAAAGGGGAGUUUCUCUUAGUGGCGGACAGAGAGCACGAAUCAAUUUAGCAAGAGCGAUAUACAAGCAAGCAGAUAUUUAUUUAUUAGAUGAUCCUUUAUCAGCAGUCGACACUCGUGUUGGAAAGCAUUUAUACGAAAAAUGCAUAAAAAAUUACCUUAAAGAUAAGACUUGUCUACUCGUAACCCAUCAAAUUCAAUACUUAACUAAUGUAGAUCAAAUUGUUUUGAUGGAAAACGCAAAGGUGGUAACAGAGGGUUCUUAUCAAGAACUUCAAACUUCUGGUCUAGACUUUACUAAAUUGUUCAAACCUUCUACUGAAACAGCAGUUUUACCCGAUAAUGAGUGUAAAAUAGAUAAAUCUUGUAACAAUAAUAUAGCACGUUCCAAAUUAUAUAUUCGUCAAGAGUCUAUCUUAAGCGUUGCAUCAUCAAUAGAAGAAACCAAAUUUAGUGAUACUAUAACUGAACCUGUUGAAAUAGCUGAAACCCGUUCUUCGGGAAAUAUAUCAUUUAAUGUUUAUUUGUCAUACAUUUUAGCUGGUGGUCAUAUGUGCAAAGUUAUAUGUUUAAUAUUGGUUUGUAUUUUUACACAAUUCCUCACAUCUAGUGGAGAUUAUUGGAUAACUUAUUGGGUAAAUUUAGAAGAACAUAUUUUUAGUACAUCCAAACCUCUUAUGCCUAUCAGUAACGGCACUUCUACCACAGUUAAUCCUUUUGUUGAUUUGAUACCGUGGAUUGUAUCAAGGAAUACUUGUGUUAUAGUAUUUGCUGCAUUAACGUUCUCAAUCAUAUUAGCCACCUUAGUUGAAUCAAUUUUAUUAGUAUCUGUAUGCACUACAGCAUCAACGAAUUUACACAAUCAAAUGUUUAGUGCUAUUACAAGAUCAACAAUGAAUUUUUUAAAUACAAAUUCAUCAGGGCGAAUUCUCAAUCGUUUUUCAAAAGAUAUAGGACUUAUUGAUGAAAUAUUGCCUAAUAUUCUAGUCGACGUUAUACAAAUUGGUUUAAUGGUGAUUGGGAUGUUCGUAGUUGUUGGAAUCGUCAACCCUUAUUUAACCAUACCAACAAUUAUUUUAGUAAUGGUUUUUUUCAAAAUGAGAAAUAUUUAUAUGACUAUAUCUCAUAACAUUAAACGUCUAGAAGGAGUCACUCGGAGCCCUAUAUAUACCCAUGUAAAUGCAUCUAUUCAUGGACUGACCACAAUAAGAUCAUUUAAAGUAGAACAAAUACUUUUUAAAGAGUUCGCCAUCCACCAAAAUUUACACUCUGCAGCGUGGUAUUUAUUUAUUGCUUUAAAUAGAGCAUUUGGAUUUUGGCUGGAUUUAAUUUGCAUAUUAUUUAUAAGUACUAUAACAUUUUACUUUAUAUUUAUUGACAAUGAUAACUAUGGUGGAAAUGUCGGGCUGGCUAUCACGCAAGCUAUUGGAUUAACUAGUUUGUUCCAAUGGGUAGUUAGACAAUCUGCGGAAUUGGAAAAUCAAAUGACGUCUGUUGAAAGAGUUUUAGAAUACACAAAUAUACCACAAGAAUCAACUUUUGAAUCGCUUCCAGACAAGAAGCCAUCAAAAACAUGGCCACAUGAAGGUCAAAUUAUAUUCAAAAAUUUUUAUCUACGUUAUGACCCAGAUGCAUCGUUUAUUUUGAUCGAUUUAAAUAUCAAAAUUUCACCCGCAGAAAAAAUUGGAAUCGUUGGAAGAACUGGUGCAGGAAAAUCAUCUUUGAUUUCUGCAUUGUUUAGAUUAGCUUUUAAUGAAGGUAAAAUCAUUAUCGACGGAAUAGAAAUACAUGAAUUGGGAUUACACGAUUUGCGAUCCAAAAUUUCCAUCAUACCUCAAGAACCAGUUUUGUUUUCAGGAACAAUGAGAAACAAUUUAGAUCCAUUUAAUGAAUAUCCGGAUCACAUUCUUUGGAAAGCUUUAGAUGAAGUGGAACUCAAAAAUGUUGUAGACGAUUUAUCGGAUGGCCUAAACUCGAAAAUUUCAGAAGGUGGAUCUAAUUUCAGUGUUGGUCAAAGACAAUUAGUAUGUUUAGCUAGAGCAAUUAUACGAAAUAACAAAAUUCUUAUAUUAGACGAAGCCACUGCAAAUGUUGACGCACAAACCGAUUCUUUGAUUCAAAACACUAUAAGAAAUAAAUUUCGUAAGUGUACAGUAUUAACGAUUGCACAUCGGUUGAAUACAGUGAUGGAUUCUGAUAAGAUACUUGUGAUGAACUCUGGCACAGUAGUUGAAUUUGAUCAUCCAUAUAAUUUAUUGGAAAAUAAAGAUGGAUAUUUACAUAAAAUGGUAGAACAAACCGGACAUAGCAAUGCUCAAUCGCUACAUAAUUUAGCUUAUGAGAGUUAUAAUAAAGGACACAUGCUAAACGAUCAUCGAUUGUCAAGCAUUAACGAAGACGAGGACUAAACCAGAUCAUGAAUAUAUAGUUAUUUACGUAUAAUCAAAUAAGUAUUUGAUAAUUAUUGCAUAUUUAAGUUAAUUAUAAAAUUAUUAUAAAACAUUUUUAAAACUA